UGCACCGGCGGCCACCCCCUCAGCCACUUCCCGCGAGAUUGCGAGUCGACAGCCAAUCAAGGGCUCUCACUAGGGGGCGGGGCGCAGCGGCCGCCCGGAAGCGCGGGACCCCAGCUUCCGUCCUUGCGCAGAACUCCCCUCGCGGCGCCCUCGCUCUACGGAUUGGCGCGAGAGUCAAAAGGCGUCGGCCGCCUCUGGGUAAGAUGGCCGCCGCGGAGGCGUCGCUGUGUGGGAACUUCGCGCCCGGACGGCGACAUCUGGACUGAGUCGGAGGCUGAGGCCCCAGCGUGCCUCCGGCCCUUUGUAAGCUUGCUCCGGGGGCACGGUCUCGAGAUAAUCUGCGUUGUAAUUCCUGAACGGUGACGGACAGCGGCAGUGUUUCGGGGCCUGGCGCUUCCCUUGGAGCCCGCAGUUGCGUCGGCCAGGUUUUGGUUGUUUUUAGGACGUCGGAAGACGUGCCCAAGCUUCCGUGUGGGGGCAGGUUUCCGUCCUGUCCCAGUGCUUGCCCGGGGUGGAACAUGGCACAGAGUUGCAGCUGUCGUUAGCAUUUAAGUGUAGCUGGAGCCUGCACAGCUUCAGAAAGAGAUUCUCAAGGACUGGUUGCGUUUCCCCAUUAGGUAUGGAUGAGAAGGGUGACCCGAGCGGUGAGGACACACCCAAGGCCAUUAAGCCCACCAGCAAAGAGUUCAGGAAGACGUGGGGGUUCCGGAGGACCACCAUCGCCAAGCGCGAGGGCGCCGGGGAUGCAGAGCCAGACGCCCUGGAGCCGCCGCCCCGGCAGCAGCAGAGCCCGUCCUUGCGGCGCAGUGGGAGGCAGCCGAAGCGGACCGAGCGGGUGGAGGAGUUCCUCACCACCGUGCGGCGCCGGGGCAGGAGGAGCGCCCCCGUGUCCCUGGAGGACUCCGGGGAGCCGGCGUCCUGUCCAGCGACAGAUGCGGAGACUGCCUCCGAGGGGAGUGUGGAGAGCACCUCGGACGGGAAGAGCGGGCCCGGGUCCGGCCCCACGGGUGCUAAGGGACGACCGGCCUCCUCCACAAAGGCCAGAGGGGGGGACGAUGACGAGGGCACCUCUGACAGCGACAGCGACGGGUUGACAUUGAAAGAACUGCAGGAUCGCCUGCGGAGGAAGCGCGAGCAGGAGCCGGCCGACAGGCCCCCGAGGGGCCAGAGCCGCCCAAGGAGGAGGCGCGGGGGGGAGCGCCCAGCAGAGACUGCAGACGCUGAGGCGGGCGAUGGGAUGGAGGCCCCGGUGCCUGGCCUGGGGCAGCCCGAGGCCGACCCAGGGGCUGCGUCCCAGGCGGCAGGAGAGGAUAGAGAGAGGCAGCCGGAGGGGAGAGUGGCCCCGGGGGGCAAAGUCGAGGAGCCCGGAGACGCCGUCCGACACAAGCCGGAAUGUGAGGUGUACGACCCCAACGCCCUGUACUGCCUGUGCCGCCAGCCUCACAACAACAGGUUUAUGAUUUGCUGUGACCGAUGUGAAGAAUGGUUUCAUGGCGACUGUGUGGGCAUUUCUGAGGCUCGAGGGAGGCUCUUGGAAAGGAAUGGGGAGGAUUACAUCUGCCCAAACUGCACCAUCCUGCAAGUGCAGGACGAGCCCGGUUCUGAGACCACAGACUCGCAGGACGCGAGGUCAAGACCUGCGGACACCGACGGCACGGACUGUACAAGUAUAGGGACCGUGGAGCAGAAAUCGAGUGAAGACCAGGGAAUUAAGGGUAGAAUUGAGAAAGCUGCAAACCCGAGUGGCAAGAAAAAACUCAAGAUAUUCCAGCCCGUCGCGGAGGCGCCUGGUGCCGCCAAGUGCAUCGGCCCUGGGUGCUCGAGCGUGGCGCAGCCGGACUCCGUCUACUGCAGCAGUGACUGUAUCCUGAAGCACGCCGCUGCCACCAUGCGCUUCCUGAGUGCGGGGAAAGAGCAGAAACCAAAACCGAAAGAGAAACCCAAGGCAAAGCCGGAAAAAGUCAUUCUUCAGAAAUGUAGCGUUCAGGCAGGCAUUAAAAUCUCUUCUGUGCACAAGAGACCGGCUCCAGACAAGAAAGAGAACACGGUGAAAAAGGCCGCGGGGGCCCCUCCCAGGAGCGAGGGCCUCGCCAGGGAGCCGACCUGCGAGAGCAGCACGCCGUCCUGGGCCAGCGACCACAAUUACAAUGCAGUAAAGCCAGAAAAGACUGCUGCCCCCUGGCCGCCACUGUUGUAUAAAUCCGUGAAGGAGGACAGACGCACGGAGGAGAAGACCACGGUGGCGGCGGGGGUGCCAAGGAAGGUGGCUCCUCCAGGCCCCUCGCCCAGAAACCUUCUUCCAAAGAAGUCCCUUCCUUUCGCAAACACGGCAGCAGCCAAACCAGCCGUCAAGAAGUCGCCCUCGGGCUUCAAGGGCACCAUCCCCAAGAGGCCGUGGCUCUCGGUGCACCCCUCCCCCUCAGGCAGCGCUCCUUUGGCCAAGCAGGCAGGGCUGGUGCCUGUCGCUGCCACAUCUGCUUCCAGAAAGUUCCCCAGCUCUGCUGCUUCGGUGGGAGCCAUCAGGAAGCCCGGGACCACCUCGGUUCCCCUGGCCUCUGCAGCCCCGGGACGCCUGGGCCCCACGAGCCCUGCCUCUUCACAGCCAAAUUCGCAAAUUCGGCAAAACAUAAGACGCUCCUUGAAGGAGAUCUUGUGGAAAAGAGUCAGCAACAGCGAUGACUUAAUCAUGACAGAGAGUGAGGUGGGGAGGAUCGCGCUGCACAUCGAGAAGGAGAUGUUUAACCUGUUCCGAGUCACGGACAGUCGGUACAAGAGCAAGUACCGCAGCCUCAUGUUCAACCUCAAGGACCCCAAAAACCAGGGGCUCUUCCAUCGUGUUCUUCGUGAAGAAAUCUCUUUGGCAAAACUUGUGAGGAUGAAGCCAGAAGAACUCGUCUCCAGAGAACUCUCCACGUGGAAAGAGAGGUCGGCAAAGCCUGUGAUGGAGCCCAGAGCUCAGCUGCACGAUGAGACUAAGAAGCCUGCCAUCAGACAGGACGCUGUCCCCGACAUGGAGGACUCUCCGCCGGUGUCGGAUUCUGACGAGCAGCAGGACUCGGUGCGGGCGGCCCCCGAGAGGAGCGCGGCCCCGCUGCUGGAUGCGGUGAGCAGCAUGCUGCAGGACACCACCGGGCAGCACCGGGCGCACCUCUUCGACCUGAACUGUAAGAUCUGCACAGGUCAGGUUCCAUCGUCAGAAGAUGAGCCAGCUCCGAAAAAACAAAAGCUGUCAGCGUCCGCCAAGAAGGAAGAGUCCCAGUCCAAGCAAGAUAGCUCUCCCUCUGAGCCUGCUCUCGGCCCAGCCGAUGACGCGGCACCAGAAACUCUGCCCGAAAGUGCCGUGGAACCAGACCUGGAAAGUGCUGCUCGCGCCCACGUGGAGGGAAGGUACCUCCCAGGGCCUCCCGAGGACGGCCGCCCCGAGCCCUCCGCCUUGGAAGGUGCCCCCUACCCGGCCUCUGGUGGCGGCAGCGUGCUCACCGCCGUCACGGUGUCCGGCCGAGACCCCAGGACUGCGCUGGGCGGGCCCAGCUCGGUCCCGGCCCCCGCGGCAGCCCGCCCGGAUGACACCCAGCCGGCAGAGCCCCGACAAGACAUCCUGAAGGCUGUGCCGACCUCGGUGACAGUGCCCAAGUCCAUCUUGGCCAAGCCGUCCACGUCCCCCGAGCCCAGAUACCUCCUGUCGGUCCCGCCGUCACCGAGCGUCAGCGUCUCCGAGUCCCGGUCCCCUCCAGAAGGAGACACAGCCCUCUUUUUGUCUCGGCUCAGCACCAUUUGGAAAGGAUUCAUUAACAUGCAGAGUGUAGCGAAGUUUGUCACUAAGGCGUAUCCUGUCUCUGGAUGUUUUGAUUAUCUCAGUGAGGACCUGCCCGACACGAUCCACAUUGGCGGGAGGAUCGCCCCGAAGACCGUCUGGGAUUAUGUCGGCAAACUCAGAUCUUCCGUGUCUAAGGAGUUGUGUCUGAUCCGCUUUCACCCCGCGACGGAGGAGGAGGAAGUGGCCUACAUCUCCCUCUACUCCUACUUCAGCAGCCGCGGCCGCUUCGGCGUCGUGGCCAACAACAGCAGGCACGUCAAGGACCUCUACCUGAUCCCGCUGGCCGCCUCGGACCCCAUUCCCUCCAAACUCCUGCCCUUCGAGGGACCAGGUCUUGAGUCACCGCGUCCAAACAUAAUCCUGGGGUUAGUAAUCUGUCAAAAAAUAAAGCGUCCUUCAAAUGCUGGUGAGUUAGACAAGACAGAAGAGAAGCGGGCCCGCCCUCAGACCCAAGAAGAAGUGGAUCCCGUCUACCCCAAAGCGCCUGCAGCCCUGCUGCCCGAGAAGAAGCCCCCCAAGUAUCCACUCGGCCCUGGGGAUGCAGCUGUCAGCACCACCCCCCCGGGGUCUCCCCCACCCCCGCCCCCUCCUCCAGAAGCCCCAGGUGCGCCAGCCUCAUCUUCUGUGUUAAAAAUACUGUCGUCCCUCAAACCAGGAGCCACGAACCCUGUCACGGCAAUGCCCACAUCGACGACAGUUACAGCGGCCUCUUCCUCUGUCGCUUCCUCUGCUGCAAAAACAGCUUCGCCCCUAGAACAUAUCCUGCAGACUCUCUUUGGGAAGAAGAAAGCGUUUGACGCCCCCACCAAAGAGCCUGCGGAGUCGGCCCCGGCCCCCCACCAGGACUCCAAAGCCAAGGCAGACGGUGGGCUGCCCGCAGCGCCUCUGCUGGACCCAAUUGUUCAGCAGUUCGGUCAGCUCUCGAAAGACAAAGCCCUGGAGGAGGAGGAAGACGACAGGCCGUACGACCCCGAGGAAGAGUACGGUCCCGAGAGAGGCUUCGACGCUGCGCUCGGCGACCGAGGGAGACGCCAGGACGCCGAGCAGGCCGCGGAGCCCGCCGAGCGGGAGGAGGUGGCCUACGACCCGGAGGACGAGACCAUCCUCGAGGAAGCCAAGGUGACUGUCGACGACCUGCCCAGCCGGAUGUGCGCGGACGUGCCCGGCGGCCCCGGCCUUGCCGCCCCGUCGCUGGCGGAGCAGCAGCAGAUGAUCGAGGAGCUCAACAGGCAGAUCGCGGAGCAGCAGCGGCAGCUGGAGGAGCAGGAGGCGGCGCUCCGGCAGCAGCGGGCCGCCGUCGGGGCCUCCAUGGCGCACUUCUCCGUGUCGGACGCGCUCAUGUCGCCGCCGCCCAAGGCCGCGCCGCCCAAGGCCGAGCUGUUCCCGCAGGAGCCGCCGGCCGCGCCCCCCGCGCACAGCCAGGCCCCCGGCCCCGGCGCCGAGGCGCGGCCCAGCCGGGACCCCCGGCAGGCCCGGCGCUUGGCCGCAGAGAACAGCGAGAGCGAGGCGGCCCCGAGGCCCCCUCCGGCCCGAGAAGCACCUGGGGGGGCCGCCGCCGGCCCGGGGCCGCCGCCGGCCCGGGAGGAGCCGGAGUCGGCCCCUCUACCGUGGGCUCCGGGCGAAGAGGCCCCGCUGCCAGCCAAGCAGGAUGUGCUCCCGCGCGAGCCCGCGGAAGGCUCGGGACCGGAGAGCGCGGCCGGCAGGGACGGCGCACCCAGGCCAGCCCGGAAGGUGCUGCUGCCCACGCCGCCGGGCGCCUCCUUGCAACCUCUCUUCCCUUCACAGAACGAGGGCCAGGCCUUCCAUCCUCCUUUCUCGGGUCCCGUAUACGCACCUCAGGAGAAAGCUCUGGGCCCUUCCCAGUACGAGGACCUGAGAAGUGCUCAGUUUGCCGAGAAAAGUGACUCGCUGGCAGCUGAGACUGAAGGAGACAGAGAGCCCCAGCCCAGGCCGGGCGAGGGGGCCGGCACCUUCCCCCCCACGGCGCAGAAAGGGGGGCCUGCGCCCCAAUUCCAGGGCCAGCGCGAGCCUGCCCCGCGUGCUUUCGGGAUGGCGGGCCUUCACGGCCCCAGUUUCCCAGGCCCCCGGGGGCCAGCCCCUCCGUUCUCAGAAGAGAAUUCGAACAACGAGGGGCCGAGGGCGGGGCCGCCGCCCGCCAGAUUCCCGCCCCAGAAGGGGCCCAUCCCUUCCUUAUUCUCAGGGCCGCACGGGCCGCCUCCCUACGGGGAUGGCAGGGGCCCCUCCCCCUCCCACCUGGGUGGGCCCAGGGGAGCAGGUCCCCCGCCUUUCGAAGACCGCAAGGAUCCCCACGGGGAGAAGAGGGAGUUCCCGGACGCCCCGUACGGGGAGGUCUCAGGCCCCCCUGCGCAGUGCGAGGGGCCGGAGCAGACCCCAUUCCUGGGGAACAGGGGCGCCGUGCCCUUCCAGUUCGGGGGCCAGAGGAGGCCUCUGCUGUCGCAGUUUAAAGGACCCCGAGGCGGCCCUCCUCCGUCUCAGUUCGGAGGGCAGCGAGGACCCCCCACCGGCCACUUUGUGGGCCCGCGGGGGCCGCACCCCGGGCAGUUCGAAGGCCCCAGGGGCCAAGCGCCUGGCUUCGUGCCGGGACCCAGGGGGAUGCAGCCGCAGCAGUUCGAAGAGCAGAGGGUCCACUCGCCGCCCAGGUUCAGCGGCCAGAGGGCGCCGGCGCCGCUGCCCUUCGGGGGGCCCCGGGGGGCCGCCCCCUUCCCCGAGAAGGGGGAGGCGGCGCCCCCGCGCUUCCACUUCCAGGGCCCGGCCGCCCCCGGCCCCAAGCCGGCGCCCCGGCCGCUGCUGGAGCUGCCCAGCCAUCCCCCCGCGCCGCCGGCCGCUCCGGGCCCGGGCCCCGAGGCCGACUUCCGCGAGGGCAGGGGCCACGAGUACCGAGGCCCGGCCUUCGAGGGGCGGCCCCGGGACAAGGCCCCAGAGGAGCCCGAGGCCCCGCCGCCUGACGGCCGCCCGGGCCGGGCCCUGGACGAGCGGCGGCGCGAGCGGGAGCGCGGGAAGCCCUGGGAGCGGGAGCGCGGCCGGCCCUGGAGCCGCGAGCGGGACUGGGAGCGCGGCCGCGACUGGGAGCGGCACCGCGACAAGGACGCCGGCCGCGAGUGGGACCGCGGCCGCGAGCGGAACACGGGCAGGGACAAGGCGCGCGCGUGGGACCGGGGCCGCGAGCGCAGCCGCAACCGGGAUCGCGACCGCAGGCGCGACCGGGAGAGGUCCCGCAGCAGGGACCGCGAGCGCGACAAGGCCCGCGAGCGCGAGCGCCGCCGGGAGCGCAGCCGGAGCCCGGAGCGGCCCCGGGACCCCAAGGCCGAGGCCCCGCGCGCCGCCGCCGUCGCCGCCGCCCCCGCCGCCCAGACCUAGGGCCGCCGGAGCCGCGCUCAGUGCGGAGCAGCUGGCCUUGAGAGCGGGGAGCUCGGGCGCAGGAUAGAACCUUGUGGACUUGAGAAAUUACUGUAAUUUUGUGUAUAAUGGUUUCUUACAGAACUUCACACCUUUACGAUUCUGAUGCUUUUUUAAAAAAACGAAGAACUCUUUUGACAUUUCCAUUUAAAUGUACUGAGAUGGGAAAGUACUACAAAAGCAUAUUGCUUUUUCAGAUUAUAAAGUUAUCUUUUCUAAUAACUUGACUUUGUAAAUUCUAAGGGAGUUUAGUGGACCUCAGAGCCAUACCCUUUCUGACAUCUCGUCUGUCUGUCUCCAGAGGCUGUGUUCACAGGGCUCGGGGCCGGCGGCCGUGUGUGCGGUGCGCGGCUGCGUGAGCUCCCCUCUGGAGUGCCCAGAAACACCACACUUACGGGUGCAUCUUUCUCUUGCCGUAAAGAAAUUUGAAUUACAAACUUCAGCCAGAAAAGAAAACACAUUUCUUGGUUUUGCGCAGUUUUUGUGUAUCGCCUUACAUGUUUGUUUGUCUUUCUCAAAAAGUGAUUAAAAAGCAACAUCUGAAGAGAAAUUGUUGAAUUUUAAAGAACAACUUACUUUAAAAGGUAUAAAUUUUACCAGCCUAAAGAAAGUGAGAAAAUAAACCAAUUAAGUGUACUUGAAAAGGCGGGGUGGGUGGGGGGAGUGGGUUUCCUGGAGCUGAGUUAUCAGGAACAUUUUGUUUGUCGACCUUUCCCAUCCGAGCAGUUCUUUCCACGUCCCAGGAGAAGGCGCACUAGCUCCGCACUGUUACACUUGUAGGUGACAGAUCUCUAUGUUUGUCAUCGAAAUGGAACAAUAUUUGUAUAAAGCCUAAGAUGAAAAUAGUGAUAUUAGCUUAAGAACUACAAACUAGAACGCUUUUCACUGUGAAACAGUCUACUGCUUCCCGUCAUGUAUUUUCCAAGUGCUUCUGAAGUGCAAAACAGAAAAAACUCGCUAAUUUAUUUGACUGUACAAAUACACUUUGAUAAUUCUUUUAUAUUUUCAUAAACUUACUUUUGCGAAUGUAAAAUUAGAGAAUUUCAUUUGUUCUUUGGAGUCUAGUCCAUUGUACACCACUACAGGUUUUUCACUUCCUAGCACAAAUGUUUAAGUUACCAGAACAUCGACAGCUUAGCAGUUUGGGGUAACUGGUGUUACAGACCCUGUCAGUAGGUUCAGUUACAUUAAAGUGGCAACGAGUUCCAACAUCUAAUGUGAUGUGAAGGUUUUUUUUACAUGUAAAACAAAAUUUUUCUAAUUUAAAUACAACAAAUGUAAAAAAUCAAGUGUGUUUCUUUAGGUUUACUUGAUAGAAAUUUCUGUAAAUUGUAUUUUAUAUUGCAAAGUAUUAUAUCACUGUACAUUAAAACAUGGAACUUCAUAGCUUUGUUACUUGAAGUAGAAUAAACACCUA